AGACAGGAGCUUCUUAGCUUUUAACCAUCCUUGUAUGUUACAGGAGAAGAAAAUACUAGUAAUGGCAUCCAAACAAUGUUCUUCUCGAGUAACAUGCGCCCUACUUCAUCUUAUCAUGCUUCUCUUCCUUCCUCUUCUCAUUCAAUCUCAUUCCACUCACCAACAUCAACACCAAAACCAACAACCCUUCAAAUCCCUACAAGGAUGCCACAAAGGCCAGACUGUCAAAGGCCUCAAUGCAAUCAAGCAAUAUCUUGAGAUGUAUGGUUACCUCCCUCACCAUCACAACAACAAUACCAGUAGUGGUGACGACGACACAUUCGACGAUAUCCUGGAAUCAGCUGUCAAAACAUACCAACUCAACUUCCAUCUCAAUGUCACUGGCAUACUUGAUUCGAAGACGCUGCAAGACAUGUCGUUGCCACGAUGUGGUGUCCCAGACAUCGUAGAUGGACAUACAUCGAUGCGAUCUGGGAAGAAUCGUCAUCUUGGGUCCACCACACACCACACAGUAGCCCAUUACACCUUCUUUAAUGGCCGACCGAGGUGGCCUUCUUCCAAGACACAACUCACCUAUGGUUUCCUCCCUGGAGUUCAGGUCAUUGGGACACAGGACCUGAGGUCUGCCUGCUCACGUGCUUUCGAUAGGUGGGCGAGAGUGAGCCAUUUCACGUUCCAGGAAACUCAAGAUUAUAGGUCUGCUGAUCUUAAGAUAGGAUUUUUUAGGGGAGAUCACGGUGAUGGGGCUCCUUUCUAUGGGCCUGGCAAUGCAAUUGCACAUGCAUUUGCACCUACCAGGGGCUGGUUUCAUUUCGAUGCAGAUGAGAAGUGGGGAACUAACCAAGCUAGUGAUGCCUUUGAUGUGGAAUCCGUUGCAGUGCAUGAGAUUGGACAUUUACUUGGACUUGGGCACUCUUCAGUGGGGGGUGCUAUAAUGUACCCUUCUAUUAGCAUGGGAGUAAGGAAAGUGAAUCUGCAUGGGGAUGAUGUACAGGGUAUUAAAACCCUGUAUAAUCUGAACUGAUGAUGCAUUCUCAUGGUAUUCAGCCACGACGUCGGAAAUAAAGCUGUUUACCUCGCGUGACUGGUUAUUUCUGCUAUGUUCCUGGAUUUUUAUACGUAGAUAUUUGAGUUAGAUGUUUUAAUGCUUUAUUAAUAUAAAAAAAAUAAUAAUGAGGUUGUUUCUUACUA